AUGGAACCCCCAAUCACACGGCUGAGAGCUGUAGCUGAUGAAGCUGGACCGAGUGUUUCAGGAGGAACAAGGGACAUACGUCGAGCAUAUCUUUCACCGGACUUACUUCGAACACACAAACUCGUUGCUGGAGAUUGGGUCUUACUGAAAUCAGACAGUGGAAUUAUAGCAGUCCAAUCUUGGCCUAGAGUGGGAUUAGACGAUGAUGCUAUCGUACUUUCCUCUAUCCAGCUUAUCAACUUGUCCAGCACUCAAGUCGAUCUUUUGCGCUUCAAACCAGACGUUCACUGCCAUGGUAAAGCGCAAAGAGUUCAGCUUAAGGAGUCAACAGAAGGGUCUGCUAGAUCCAAAUCGAAAUCGCCAAUAGCUGAAGAGACUUCGAGAGAGAAGGAAUGGUUAAAGGCGUCGUUGAAAGAGAUUACAACAUCUAUGAAUUUCCUUCGGGUCGGUAUGAGGAUAAGGAUUGGAGAUUUGGAGAGGGCUUCUCGUCAAUUCGAAAUACUUUUGAUUGAUCCGGCAACGAAAGAACCCUUCAAGAAGGGAUUGAUAGCAAUUGAAGAUGAGCUGGACAAACUGAAAAUCAGUUCGAAAGAUGGCGAUAAAGUGAUGUACGAGGCUUCCUGGAAGACUGAAAUCGUUGUUGGAGAUGAGGACGAGGGUAAUCGAAAACCUCAGCCUGCCGGAGAAAGUGGGAAGUCUUUGGUAAACGGGGGGAUAACUAAACAAUCUUCAAAUACGCCGGACGGUCCUAUGCCUUCAUACAUCAACUUGUUCACACCCUCACAACCUCCGACGGCUGCCUACGCUCUAAUAGGUGGUCUGCAACCUCAAAUAGAACAAAUCAAAUCGCUUCUUGAUCUACCACUUCUUCAUCCCGCCCUUUACACCUCGUUCGGCCUUACUCCCCCCAGGGGUAUACUUCUACACGGACCUCCUGGCACAGAACACGAUAUAUCCUCUUUAUCAGCUCGUACACAUGGUUACGUUGGAGCGGACUUGUCAUCGCUAAUCCGAGAAUCUGCUUCUGCCGCUAUACAAAGGUGGCAUGUAUCGAAUCCAUCAACAGACAGUAAACCGACCUUGACCAACUUCGAUGUUCUCACAAUCCUCCCUACCGUUCGACCGUCAGCCAUGAGAGAGGUAUUUGUCGAAACUCCCACAGUCAAAUGGUCAGAUAUAGGUGGACAACAAGAAGUCAAGCAAAAACUUCGAGAGUGCGUCGAGUGGCCGCUCACUCACCGAGAUACAUUCACUCGUCUAGGUGUGGAAGCACCAAGAGGUGUACUCCUGUAUGGUCCACCAGGUUGUAGUAAGACCAUGACAGCUAAGGCUUUGGCCACCGAGAGCGGGCUCAACUUUAUCGCCGUCAAAGGCCCCGAGCUACUCAACAAAUAUGUAGGUGAAUCCGAAAGAGCCGUCAGGGAAAUUUUCAGAAAAGCAAGAGCAGCGUCUCCUUCAAUCGUCUUCUUCGACGAGAUUGACGCUCUUGGUUCAGCACGUUCAGAUGAUCAUACUCACUCCGGUGUCCUCACUUCCUUGCUCAAUGAGAUGGACGGAAUAGAGGAACUGUCAGGUGUCACGGUAGUGGCGGCUACUAAUCGACCAGAUAUUCUUGACUCCGCUCUUAUGAGACCAGGUCGACUUGACAGGAUCCUCUACGUUGGCGCUCCGGACCUCGCAACGAGGAAAGACAUUUUCAACAUCAGAUUAGCUUCAAUGGCUAUCGAACCGGGAGUCGACGCCGAUGAGCUUGCACAUAUCACUGAAGGCUGUUCAGGUGCAGAAGUAGCCUCUAUAUGCCAAGAUGCAGCUUUAGCAGCUAUGAACGAAGAUCUGAAUGCUCCAUAUGUCAAACAUUCACAUCUCGUACAUUCCGCGAAAACAGUUAGAAGACGAAUCACUCAAGAUAUGAUUGAUUUCUUUCAGGAGUGGAAAGAUCAAUCAGGCGUAAGGAGUGCUUGA